GGAGUACUCUGAGAGCGACUAGAGGCACGGCUAUGAGACGAGUCUAGUGAACUAUCUCUAGAUCGAGGAGAGCUAUUCAUAUUUGAACAUAUAGCAGAGCGAGGAGGGCGACGACGAAGAGUAACAUGAUCUCUCAUUAUGCUUUUCAGAAUCAGGAAUAAAGCAGGGGGUAGUAUAAUCAUAUUGAGUAGGGAAAGCCAUGGUUGUGACAUUGUAAGCAGCUCUUGCCAAAUUGAUGGAGCCUUCUCAUCGUCGUACACUUCAAACAUGUUAUGUAAUGCACCUCGAACUUGUUCUUUUAUGGAUAGCUCAUUUUCUAGGGUGUCCAUCUCUAGAUAUGAUCCAAUAACUCUCAUAUUCAGAGAAGAUAGAGAAACCUUUGCUUUGCGUGUAAAGAAUGUCUUCUCCAACGGAUCAACGCCAAGCUCUUUGAACAUUUGA